AUGACAUCACGGGCGAAGAGUGGAGGCGCGUCUAGGCAACAGCAGAGAGUUGAGGGAAAUGAGCAGAGAUCUACCCGAGCCAUGCCCACUGUCAGAGAUGAAGGAACAGCAGGGCUGGAGUACUCUAAAAUGAUUUCCAACAGUACAGAUCGUGGUCGUCUGAUUUCUCUAAAUAAGAUCAGUCUGGAGGGCGUGGCGUUCACUGACGCAGCAGUCAUCCUCCAGAACAGCCCUGAUGAGGUGGAGCUCAUCGUCUCACAGCCCAAAUAUUCUCUGAGAGACAGUAAGACUUCUCUGGCCCCCAGUACCAUGAGUCUGAUGUUGGAGAGGGGCAUUGGGUGCCAGACCACCCUGAGUAGAACAGAAUUCCAACCAGCCAUGGAGGAGCUGGAGGAAGCACUGGCUCUGUCCAACCUGGCCACACCUAAACAUGGCAAGAGACUCCACAUCCCUGAGGUCCGGAUCCUGGAUGCUCAGGAGGUGUGUUCCAGGUCUCCCUCUCUCUGCAGUCUGAGAGCCAGGGAACAGCUUGUGGUGGAGCUGAAGAAGGCCAACGGCAGCCUGGGUAUAAGUGUAGCUGUGAGUGACCGACUGCUGGAAGUUGAUGGGUCCAACCUACGAGGUGUAACACACAAACAGGCCGUGGAGUGCCUGAAGAAGACUGGAGAGGUACGAUGA